AUGGUUAAGCUCAUCGCCCAGUUUAUCGCUCUCUCUCUCGCUGUUAUGGCGCCCAUCGCUUCGGCAGUUGACAUCCGUCUCUGCGAUGAUGCGUACUACGUUAACUGUGAUUGGAAGUACAUGGUCCCCACCGGCAAGUGUCUCAACACCACCGCCAGUAAUGGUUGGACUGGUUUCAGCGACAACGUCGUGAGCUCUUACAACCAGACGGAUACCGGCAGCUGUGGUGUAUGUUACUAUUACUCCGACGACAACUGCUUCGAGCCGUUGUUCAGUAGUGGCGACGCCAGCCUGGACUGGUUUGCGGAAUACAACGACCAACUCUCGUCGAUUUUCUGUUCUCAAGGCGCCUGAUUAUUUCGAGGACCCGGCGGAAUCUGUUAGCUAUCUUCCUAUGAAGAAAGCUUUUCUUAAUAGACAAUAAAUAUGCGAGAUCUAGUGCAUUUUUCAAUGAGUGGCCUAAAUUCAAC